AUGACCGCCAUUCCCGAUCCCGAAUUUCCCUGCUCCAUGCAAGCCACCCCCCUGUCCUGUGACGAUGACGACCCCAAUGUCCUCAACGUCCCCUUUCCCACCGCUCGACUGGCCACAACCGCCCUCAAGGCCAUUCAGGUGGACCCUGAACUCUCCCCACUCGUUAGGCGACAGCUCACCGUUGUCCCAGCGCCGAAGUCAACGCAGGGUUCCCCAUCUGGUGACGAUGCAGAUAUCCAGCUUCUCGAGGUUCAUUACAGGGCCACAACCAAUCGAAUGCUCCGAGUCGCUGUCAACGGCUUCAUGGAGAGCUUGAAACUUGUGGUGGAGGUUAUGGAGCAGUUAGAUACUGACGUUCUUGAUCAUCAACAAUAA